AUGUUUGAUCCACGAUCGGGAAGACGAUUUCGAAACGGAAGAGUUCCCAAAUAUUCUGACAGUGUACUCCAUUGUCAAAAUCGUUCGGUCAUCAGUGGGAAUCCUCUAAGUCGACGGCAUGGAAGAAGUUGUGAUCUACAAGCAACUAAUGAAGAGGACAAGCCUGACAAGUACGACAACCCUAUAGCACAGGUUUCGUCCGAUAUUCUACGUGUUUCCGGCUAUACUCAGCAAUUUCGCUCACUCUUGACUGCUCGAUUUUCUCCACGGCGGGAAUCUGUCCCAAAUGUGCACCUGGAAACGGGAAAUGAAGAACGAGACGAAAAGUAUGUCAACGGAGGUGUUCGAUUCGAUACCGACCUAGCCGAAGAGGCGAAAGUCACUAAUCCACGUGCUGUUAGGCGGCGGCAAAGUGGCUACGCUAUCUCCAUUUCCAGUGACAGCACCGCAAAGAUGAGGUGCCGACUGCGUAAGCAAUUAUUUGUGCAACGAAAUAAGGUAUGUGAUCUAUCGCUAAUUCUGGGGAUUGCUGGUCUUCUCUUCGUCAUCAUCGAUGCCGAACUUACCGCACUUUCUACAACUACUCAUAUUACAAAGGCUCAUAACGUGUCGCUGUUUCUUCGUUCCUUAGCCGUGCUCACAACAGUAUGCCUCAUGUGUUGUCUCAUCAAUUAUCACGCCAUAGAAGUUAAAAUAGCGCUUAUUGAUUCGGGUGCCGAUGAUUGGCGCGUUGCGGUAAGCAUGGAUCGGGUGAUCAAACUAUCAGUGGAGUUGGCAAUUUGCGCCGUAUGUCCAUUUCCAGGAUCUGGCAGCAUACGAUGGCCAUUCAUAUCGCCAGAAACUCGCCUAGUUAAAAUGGUUGACGUACCGGUUGAUGUGCUGCUUUCAGUGCCCAUGUUUCUUCGUUCCUAUCUCCUUUGUCGAUUUAUGGUACUACACAGCAAGCAAUUCCAGGACGCAGCCACUCGUUCAAUCGCAGCGCUGAACCGUAUCUCUAUGGAUUUUCGUUUUGUCAUCAAAACAAUGAUGGCUGAUCAUCCUCUACGGGUUUUGAUAGUCUUCACAGUGUCAUACUGGAUCUGCAUGUCGUGGAUGUUUACUCAGUGUGAAAGGUACGAUGGCAAAUUGGACGUGGAGCAUUACUACCUGAAUUCGAUGUGGUUCAUUAUGGUCACCUUCAUGUCCAUUGGAUACGGCGACAUUGUACCGAACACCUACUGUGGCCGCACACUUUCUAUCACUACUGGUAUUGUGGGUGCUGGUGUAUCAUCAGCGCUUAUCGCCGUCAUUUCGAGAAAGCUGGAACUUAGUCGGGCGGAGAAGCACGUGAACAACUUCAUGGCAGAUUCCAAGUUGACAAAUCAGCGUAAAAACGCAGCCGCUUCGGUAUUGCAAGAGACCUGGUUCAUUCACAAGUACAAAAAAGCUUUGCAUAAAGGUGAUGAAUUGCGGUUGCGCCACCAUCAACGACGUUUUCUGCAUUCUAUUAACGAAUUCCGACGGAUAAAAUGGGAUCAGCGCAAACUUCAAGAAAAAGGGAAUUCUUUGCUGGACGUAGGAAAGUUGCACUCGGACAUGCAUGAAACACUGUGGGAAAUGCACCGGGCGCAGGACCACUUCAUCUCACAGAUAGAUAUGCUCACUCAAAAAAUCGUCGAACUGCAACAAGCCCUCUCUCAACAGUCUUUGAUAGGGCAGCAAGCCGCCGCCGCGGCAUGCUAUUCUCAGCGCCUUCCCUCCACGACGUCACCAACUGAUCCUCCGCUGCAACCACUGCUCAACUCAAGCGCUAGCAUACCUCGCAUUUCGUUGGGAAACCACAGCUUUCAUCACAACAAUAAUGGAUCGCUCAGCAAUGGAUGCAUGAUAUCUGAUUCAAAGUUGUACGGUCAGUGUCAGGUUGAUCAAAGGGCUCAGUGUCCAACGGGCGGCAUCUAUGCCACUGUUACCACACCGUUGAUGAAUUCGUUUGAAGGAAUGUGA